AAGAAAAAAAGAAGGCACUCCUUUGCACGUUCCAGCUCCUCCCUCUCCUCCUCCACUCCUCGACGGUCUAAUUUUUUUCUCCCUGGAAGUGGGCCGCUCCUCGAUCUCCCCCACCGACAAUGCCGCCGCGCCGCGCCCGGGCGCCGGCACUGCUAGCAUCCUCGCGCGACCCACACCGCGGCUGAGGGAGCCCGACCACUGGCGGGCCGAGGGCGACCAAUGUGCGAGCACGCCCGGCACGCGAGCCGCGUGUCACCGAUGCCGCCGCCCGCGGGCGAGGACCCCGACGCGGCGCCCUGCUGCAGCGGCGCCGGCGACGGGGAGCAGGAGCGGGAGCGGGUGCUCCCCAACGGAGACCUCUACACGGGCCAGUGGCGCGGCGCCGUGCCCCACGGCGCGGGGAAGUACCUGUGGGCGGACGGCUGCAUGUACGAGGGCGAGUGGCGCCGCGGCAAGGCCACCGGCCGCGGCAGGUUCUCGUGGCCAUCGGGCGCCACCUACGAGGGCGAGUUCCUGGACGACUUCAUGCACGGCGCCGGCACCUAUGUCGGCGCUGCGGGGGAUACCUACCGCGGCGCCUGGGCCAAGAACCUCGAGCACGGCGCCGGCGAGAAGCGGUACGCCAACGGCGACUGCUACGAUGGCGAGUGGCGCGCGGGGCUCCCGGACGGGUGCGGACGAUACGCCUGGCUCAGCGGCACCGAGUACGCCGGCGGCUGGCGCGCGGGGCUCAUCCACGGCCGCGGCGCGCUCGUCUGGGCCAAUGGCAACCGCUACGACGGCGGGUGGGAGGGCGGCCGCCCUCGCGGGCAGGGCACGUUCCGGUGGGCGGACGGCAGCCUCUACGUCGGGUUCUGGGGCCGCGAGGCGCCUUGCAGCGCCGUCCAUCAGAAGGGCGUGUACUACCCAUCCCCAGCGGCCGCGGGCGAAUCCCCUCGGGCGCGCGACCCGAGGGAGGUGUUUGCGCGGGAGCUGCCGGAGUGCGUGCGCUCCGGCACCGAGGGCCCGUCGGCCCUGAGAUCGCUCAAAUGGCUGUUGCGGUCGGUCAGCGGGCGCGGGAGCUCGUCGUCCGGCCGGAGCAAUGGCUCAAGAGGCAGCCUGGUGCACUUCUGGGGAUCGGACGGGGACGUCAAGUGCGAUAUCGGAGACGACUGGAGGCGACGGAGCGUGAGGGAGGGGAGGGGGCUGCCGCCCCCGUCGCCGGCGCCGCACAUAGCCAGGGGCGCGGCGGUGCGGGUGUCGAAGCGCCAAGGGGUGACCAUUGCCAAGGGGCACAAGAACUACGAGCUCAUGCUCAACCUGCAGCUCGGCAUCAGGCAUGCAGUAGGAAGGCAAGGUCAAGCUAUAUUAGACCUGAAAUCAUCAGCAUUUGACCCAAAAGAGAAAGUGUGGACAAAAUUCCCUCCAGAGGGCUCAAAAUAUACCCCUCCACACAAUUCUUGUGAUUUCAAAUGGAAGGAUUACUGCCCAAAGGUGUUCCGGACACUGCGCAAGCUGUUCAAGGUUGACCCAGCUGACUAUAUGUUAUCCCUCUGUGGAGAUGAUGCUCUUCGUGAGCUCUCGUCCCCUGGCAAGAGUGGAAGCUUCUUUUACUUGACGAAUGAUGAUCGCUACAUGAUAAAAACAAUGAAGAAAUCUGAAGUAAAGAUGCUUCUGAGGAUGCUUCAAGCUUACUACAAGCAUGUCCGUGCAUUCGAGAAUACCUUAGUGACAAAGUUCUUUGGUCUACAUUGUGUGAAGUCUGGAGCACACCAGAAGAAGGUUCGUUUUGUCAUAAUGGGAAACCUGUUCUGCUCUGAUCAUACUAUUCAUAGGCGAUUUGAUCUGAAAGGAUCAUCUCUUGGCCGUAUAACUGACAAGCCACAGGCAGAAAUUGAUGAAUAUACAACUCUGAAAGACCUUGAUCUUAACUUUGUCUUUCGGUUACAGAAACAGUGGUUCCAAGAGUUCCAAAGCAGGCAAGUGGACAAGGACUGUGAGUUCCUCGAGCAGGAGAAGAUUAUGGAUUACAGUCUUUUGGUGGGUGUACAUUUUAGAGGUGCCAUUGACAUUGAUGGUGAGAAAUCUGCAACACCUCGUCUUUCAAGAUGGGACAGGGAUCACUUUCUUUCUGAUCCAAACAGGUGGUCGACAAUUAAACUUGGGGCAAACAUGCUAUCAAGAGCUGAACUGACAACCCGAAAGAACGAUAGUGAUGUUGGAGAGCCAACCAGGGAGUACUGCGAUGUUAUAUUGUAUUUUGGGAUUAUAGACAUACUUCAAGACUAUGAUAUAGGCAAAAAGCUUGAGCAUGCAUACAAAUCUUUCCAAUAUGACUCGACGUCCAUUUCAGCAGUAGACCCAAGACAGUAUUCCAGGCGCUUCAAAGAUUUCAUAUACAAAGCGUUCCAAGAAGACAAAGUAGACAGCUGAAAGCAUAUUGAGACCUUGCGGCUGAUAUUGUCUGUGACUUUGAAAGGCGAAAGAUCAAGCUGAGCAGGAGUUCAGCAGCUUCUGUAGAAGGCAUCAGUGUGAACGAGAUGCUGGAGCAUCUGGUGAUCCCUCGCUUUCCAAGAAUCAGAUUGGCUGACAUGUAAAUAUAAGAAACUACAUGCACAGAUACAGAGUUCGGUAUAUUUACAAAGGGUAGGAAAUGUUACUUACAGAAUCAAAUUAUACAUAAAAACAUGUAACCGUCCGGAAGUGCCAAGGCAUUCAGGGGUCGUAAAUGCUCUUUGCCUGAGGAUAACGUGGGCGUGGGCAACAUUCUUUUCUUACUGUCUCGAAACCUUUCAGUAGAUUGAGAGGAAAAUUUUCAAUUCCUCAGUUUUGUGCUACACAGUUCAGACUAAUA